GCUGCGGCCGAGGCCGGGAUGGGGGCGCCGCUCGCUCGGCGCUGGGGAGCUGGGGCUGCGAGCCGGCGCUGGUUGGUGCUGCUGCCCCCCUUGCUGCUGGCGCGGCCCGCAGGGGCCCUGGUGGAGGGGCUCUACUGCGGCACGCGCGACUGUUACGAGGUGCUGGGUGUGAGCCGCACGGCCGGCAAGGCGGAGAUCGCGCGGGCCUACCGGCAGCUGGCCCGGCGCUACCACCCCGACCGCUACCGUCCGGAGCCUGGCGACGAGGGCCCCGGGCGCACGCCGCAGAGCGCCGAAGAGGCCUUCCUGCUGGUGGCGACCGCCUACGAGACUCUCAAGGAUGAAGAAACACGAAAAGAUUAUGACUACAUGCUGGAUCACCCAGAAGAAUACUAUAGUCAUUACUAUCACUACUACAGCAGGCGCUUAGCCCCUAAAGUGGAUGUUAGACUUGUGAUUUUGUUCAGUGUGUGUGCUAUUUCAUUGUUUCAGUUUUUCAGCUGGUGGAAUAGCUACGAUAAAGCAAUCGGCUACCUGGCCACAGUGCCCAAGUACCGUAUCCAAGCCAUGGAGAUUGCCAAGCAGCAGGGGUUGCUCAGAAAAGCCAAAGAGAAGGGCAGAAACAAAAAGUCCAAAGAAGAAAUUCGUGAUGAGGAGGAGAACAUUAUAAAGAAGAUUAUAAAAAGUAAAAUAGAUAUAAAGGGUGGCUAUCAGAAGCCCCAGAUACGUGAUCUUCUCCUGUUUCAAAUUCUAUUAGCUCCCCUUCACCUGUGCUCAUAUAUAGUCUGGUAUUGCCGUUGGAUCUAUAAUUUUAAUAUCAAAGGCAAAGAAUAUGGGGAAGAAGAAAGACUAUAUAUCAUACGUAAAUCUAUGAAGAUGUCAAAGUCUCAGUUUGAUAGUCUAGAAGACCAUCAGAAAGAAACUUUUCUUAAACGGGAGCUCUGGAUAAAGGAGAAUUAUGAGGUCUACAAACAGGAACAAAAAGAAGAGCUAAAGAAAAAAUUGGCAAAUGACCCUAGAUGGAAGAGAUACAGGAGAUGGAUGAAGAAUGAAGGGCCUGGACGGUUAACAUUUGUGGAUGACUAAAGAUUGCUGGGAUGCUACAAUGCCAAAACUUAGCCGUGAUUAUUUUCAUAACCGAGUUAUUUUAGAAAUGUAUCAGCCGCUCCUCAGCGGUAACUAAAAUUCCUCAAGUAUUUGAUUGAACAGAAUAAUGAUGAAAUUUAAACUUUACCUUAAAACUUUAUACAUCAGACAUUUAUGAUUGUUCAAUUUUUAUAAUCUAUUUGUGGAUUUUGUUAAAAGAUUCGACAUGAUUUAUUCGUUGCCAUUUAAAAAUUUUAUAUGUUUAGUUAAAAGAUUUGACAUGAAAAUUUAUUAGAUACCAUUUAAAAUUUUUAUGUGUUAAGUGUAUUCUUCAAGUGUUUCUUUAUUCUUUGUUAUGGUGCUCCAUUUUCUGCUUUCAUGGUCUCUAAUAUUUUCACAAAACAUAAAAAAUUAUAACCGCAUUUAAUUACAUUAUUCUGAGUGUCUUUCUAGACACAAACUUCAGCAAAAUGAUUUCAACUAUCAUGUCAUCUCCAUUAUAGUCAUUCUAGGAUUGAAAUAUGUUUAAAAUAUCUCUCUAGGAGAGUCUUUCUCCCUAGUCAUAAUAUUCUUAGUAAGAUCAGAAACUCUCCAGGAGAGUGAAUCUACCUUCAUGUCCUUGUAGGAUGAUCUUGAUGACAGUCAUUAUAGGACUAGGUUACUAUUCUCAGACACUUUUCCGGAAGAGACCUUGUAAAAAGGUCUUUUGUACCAUAGUAUUGCUUUUCCUCUACUUCAAUUUAAAAAAUGAUGGAGCAGAAAUAGUGUUCUGAAAAGUUGUUCGUAUAUUAUGAAGUCCUUGAGUGGUGAAAAAUCCAUUGUACGUGAGUGCACUUACAUGCAUUUAAACCAGGAAGAAGAGGUGCCUGGCUGUGUGCUGUCCUUUCAAGCAAUGAAGUAUUUAUGUUUAUACGUGUGGAAGUGAAAGUAAUUCACACAUAAUUUGAAGCAAGUAUGAUACUGCCCUAAAGUAUCCAUACACAUUCAUGGUAGUGAAUCAAUAUUCCUGUAAAGGAUUUAUCCCAUUGCUUCAUAUUAAUAAAAUGAUUGCAAUAUAUCACAAGUUUGUUGGUAUGACAUUUUAAAUCAAAGAGUAACAUAUAGCUUUUGUAUUAUAUAAUUUUAAAAGAUUAGUAUAUAUAGUAGAUAUGUAGAGUCUUUUUCUAGUUAAAGUAAACUAGUCCUUUCAGGAGCUCAGCCCAAAUAUGUGACAUGUACAAAGAGGCAAGAGGCAAGAGUUCCAGCCUUGCUACUAUAGACAAAGACUUGAGGUGAGUUAUCUGAUCUUUGAGUUAUUAAUGAGUUGCUUCAUUAGAAAGUCAUGGGAAGAGUUUGACCAGAUUAUCACUAGGGCCCUUUUGCAGCUCUGAAAUUCUGAAAUGAUAUUUAUAUUUUAAUAAACUUUAGAUGAAAGUGU